CGCUGCCAUAACUGGGUAAUCAUGCCUAACCCCGGCGACCAGUAUAACUCGGAAACUAUCAAGAACCCGUACGAAGAAGAAAAGGUCAGCAACUUUACCGCCCAAGAGAUCGCAACACUCCAGAGUCGACUGAACAAGCAACUCGGUCCGGAAUACAUAUCCUCGAGACAAGGUGGCGGCGGAAAAGUAGCGUACCUUGAAGGAAACAAGGCAAUAGCACUAGCAAAUGAGGUGUUUGGAUUUAAUGGCUGGUCGAGCUCGCUGCGGACCGUGCAGAUAGAUUUCGUUGACGAGAAUCCGAAUAAUGGGAAGAUUACUUUAGGCCUUUCGAUAACAGUGAGGGUUACGUUGAAAGAUGGGACGUAUCACGAGGACAUCGGUUACGGAUGUAUCGAAAACUGCAAAAGCAAGGCUGCAGCCUUUGAAAAAGCGAAAAAAGAAGCCGCCACAGAUGGACUAAAACGCGCCUUACGGACCUUUGGUAACGUCUUAGGCAAUUGUCUUUACGAUAAAGAGUAUUUGAAGAAAGUCAACACAGUUAAGGCGGUUCCCAUUAAAUUCGACGAGAAUGCACUCUACAGGCAUCCGAGUUUUGCCCCGCGGAUCAAAGAGGAAAGCAGUGCAGUAAAGAACGAGCCAGGUCGGACGCUCGCCAGGACGAACCAGCUUAUGAGAACGCGGACCGAAGCGGUUGGACUUGGGAAUACGGAGUUUGAGGAUGAGUUCGGAGGGAACCUGUUUGAUGGCGUUGAGAUUAGCGAACAUCAUGGGGAUGAAUUUACGUUUGAAUCCAUCUCAGGCCAGAAUGGGCCAGAAACGAAGGCCAUUGAAGCACCUUCCAAAACUCCGGAGCUAUCGAGCAGUACGAUAUCGAAUCGAAAUAGCCAAGGGCAAGCACAAAUGCUACCGCCAACGACCGACAUCCACCUACCACCAAGGCCCCAAAAUAAACCACAACAGUCUCCUCAAAACGUCCAUCCACCACCCCAAAACCAACCUCUUCGACAGACUCCUCUACAGCCACCCCAACCAAACGGCAACCCGCAGAACCAUGUACCGCAGCCAAAACCCAAUGCACAAAAUAACCCCAAUUCAAACCCUAACGUUGCUCCCGCUCCCGCUCCCGCUCCCGCUCCCGCACCACCUAUCACCCACCGCCCCCCAAUGGGCUUCGUAACCUCACGCGCCGCAGAACUAGUCCAAAACACCGAUUCCAUCUCAACUAUUCUACCUAACCUCCCUGCAUUCAACCCGCACGCUGACUCCCCGGUCCCAAAAGAACAACGAACCCCCGGCAUUGAUCACACGCGUAGUAUGAAGAUUACGCGUGAACAAAUCGGGGCUCCUCUUCCGCCAAACCAAGGCCAGAACCAACCUCCCCAUCAACAUCAACCUCCACAGCAACAACGACCUUUCUCCCGACCCACAAACUUCAUCAACCCGCACCAAGACGCGAAUCGCCGAAUUGGUAUGCCAGGCAAUACUCAGUCUCCACUUGCGAACCGGAGCGCGUAUAAACCCCCGGGGAUGGCAGGCGUCAAGAGGCCGCCGCUUGCGGAUGUGAGUAAUAGGGAAAAUGGAGCGGUUGGGGAGGGGCAUGAGAUUAAAAGGGCGAGGAUUGAAAGGGGGGAUGUAGGUGAGAAUGGGGUGGCGGGAUCAUAG